AAUUUAUAUACUAAACUGAUGACGAAGGGCACCGCGUGGCCAGAAGAACAUUUUUCGCCAUUUCUGCAGAACGCCGCACGUGUAAGAAGAUGGCGCAUUACAAUUUUAAGAAAAUAGCUGUGAUUCCAACAUCUAAAGACUUCGUUGACAUUAUUUUGUCGAAGACUCAACGAAAAACUCCAACAGUGGUACACAGACACUACAAAGUUAACAGAAUACGGCAGUUUUAUAUGAGAAAGGUUAAAUUCACACAACAGAAUUUUCAUGAUAAACUUUCUCAAAUUUUGACGGAUUUUCCCAAAAUCGAGGAUAUUCAUCCAUUUUUUGCAGACUUGAUGAAUGUGUUGUAUGAUAAAGAUCAUUAUAAGCUUGCACUUGGUCAACUGAACACUGCUAGACAACUUGUAGAUAAUGUUGCACGAGACUAUGUGAGAUUGUUGAAAUAUGGAGAUUCGUUAUAUCGAUGUAAGCAGUUGAAACGAGCAGCAUUGGGAAGAAUGGCCACAAUUAUGAAACGACAAAACCAGUCUCUUCAGUAUUUGGAACAAGUGCGCCAACACAUUUCAAGAUUACCAUCCAUAGAUCCAAAUACCAGAACACUUCUAAUUUGUGGAUUCCCUAAUGUAGGAAAGUCCAGUUUCAUCAAUAAGAUUACAAGAGCAGAUGUGGAUGUGCAACCUUAUGCUUUUACAACGAAAUCUUUGUAUAUUGGGCACACAGACUAUCAGUAUCUCAGAUGGCAGGUAAUCGACACUCCUGGAAUAUUAGAUCAUCCAUUAGAAGAUCGAAACACCAUUGAGAUGCAAGCCAUCACAGCUUUAGCUCAUCUUAGAGCAUGCGUUCUCUACAUAUUAGAUGCAUCAGAACAGUGUGGACACACUUUGGAAGAACAGGUCCAGUUGUUCCACAAUAUAAAGCCGUUGUUUGCCAACAAGCCUAUUAUUGUUGUGAACAACAAGGCUGAUGUUCUGAGACUAGAAGAAUUACAAGAUCAUCAAAAGAAAAUACUAGAUUUUGAAAAGGAACAGGUGCGUGUGAUGGAGAUGAGUACAGUAACGGGAGAAGGGGUGAUUGAACUUCGGAAUGAAGCUUGCGAAAGUCUUUUGGCUCAUCGCGUAGAACAUAAAAUGAAAGGAAAGAAAGUUACAGGCAUAUUGAACAGGUUGCAUGUGUCUGUGCCUAAAUCAAGAGAUCAUAUAGAGAGGCCACCGUUUAUCCCAGAGGCUGCCUUAACUCGUAAGAAGAUGAUGAUGGAUGUGGAUGACAAACCCAAAAAGAAAUCAGAACGAGAGAUAGAGUUGGAACUGGGUGAUGAGUAUAUACUUGACUUGAAAAAAAAUUAUGAUUUACCAGAUGAACAGAAAUAUGAUAUACUCCCAGAACUAUGGCAAGGACACAAUGUCUGUGAUUAUAUUGAUCCAGAGAUUUUGAAGAAAUUAGAGGAAUUAGAAAAAGAAGAGGAGUUGAGAACAGCUGCUGGAUUUUAUGAUGUUUCUGAAAGUGAAGAUGAUGAAGAAAUGAAAGAAGUUAGAGAAAUGGCAAAAAAGAUUCGAGAAAAGAAGGGGAUCCUCAGGAUUGAGUCCCAGCUAAAGAAAAGUAGUACUAAACCCAAACUUCCAAGAACUGCUAAAAAAAGAGAGAGAAGCGUCAGCCGUUUGAAGAGUCAGAUGGAGAGCCUUGGUGUUGACCUUGAAAACAAGGAGGCACACUACAUUGAAGCAUCAGAAUCAAGAAGACAAACUCGUGGUGUGAAAAGGAAACGAGUAGACAGUGAAGGCACAGUCCGAAGUAGUUCAAAACUCCCACGUGAUAGGUCUGGAGUCAAAGAUGUCAAGAUGCAGAAGAAGGUGAAAUUUUUGGCCAAAAAGUCCCAGAGGAAGAUGAACUUAAAUGCACGAAAGGGUGAGGCAGAUCGCAAGAUUUCAACAUUACAGCCAAAACACUUGUUGACAGGAACGAGGGGUGUAGGGAAGACUACUCGUCGCUAGUUAAAUACUCUUGUUACUUGUACAGAAAUGUGAAUAAAUUAGAAAUGUAAAUUA